CAGUUUGUGUCAAGUGUGUGGUGGCCCUGCUGGCUCCAGCAGCUGUCCCUGCUGUCCCUGCCCUGGUGUGGCCUUUGCCAGGUCAUGCUUGGAAAAGGGAGUCGAGCUCUGUGGACCAAAGGAUGCUCUUCCUGACUCCUGGCCUCUUAGAGGGCUUCACUUGCAGGACAAUGUGUGUUGUUUCUAGCAAAGGUCGUUGUUGCUGUUUCCUCCAGAGCUGCCCCUUGUGCAGGGGCAGCCAUGGGCAAGCAGAACAGCAAGCUGGCCCCGGAGAUGCUGGAGGAUUUGGUGAGGAACACGGAGUUCAGCGAGCAGGAGCUGAAGCAGUGGUACAAGGGCUUCCUCAAGGACUGUCCCUCCGGUAUCCUCAACCUGGAGGAGUUCCAGCAGCUCUACAUCAAGUUUUUCCCUUAUGGAGAUGCCUCCAAGUUUGCUCAGCACGCUUUCCGCACCUUUGACAAGAACAGUGAUGGGACCAUCGACUUCAGGGAGUUCAUCUGUGCCCUGUCUGUCACCUCCAGGGGCACCUUCGAGCAGAAACUCAACUGGGCCUUUGAGAUGUACGACCUGGAUGGGGAUGGCAAGAUCACACGCUUAGAGAUGCUGGAGAUCAUUGAGGCCAUUUACAAGAUGGUGGGGACUGUGAUCAUGAUGAGGAUGAACCAAGACGGGCUGACACCUCAGGAGCGUGUUGACAAGAUCUUCGCAAAGAUGGACAAGGACAAGGAUGACCAGAUCACCCUGGAGGAGUUCAAGGAGGCAGCAAAGAGUGACCCCUCCAUCGUCCUCCUCCUGCAGUGCGACAUGCAGAAAUAAAGCCCUGGGGCUCAUCGCUGGACUGGCUGCACCAGCCUCUGCCCCCCAUGGUGGUUUCAUCCUCAUUUGCUGCUCAGUCUCCCUGUUCCCACUUGAUGUGAGCCACAUUCCAUUCCUCCUGCUGCCCAUCUGCCUCCGCUCCCGGCUGUGUCCUGGGCAGCCCACAGGCUGUAGCUCUCCCUUGAUGGGUAGAGCCUGUUCUGGAUAUUGCCUGCUUGAGGUCACCCCCAAAUCAACCCUCUCCCAUCCUGGAGCUGGACUCCCUGCAGCCGAUGGCAAGUGUCCUGCUUCCCCAGGGCCAACUGUCCCCACAUCCCUGCUGCUUUCUCCUUGCUUUCCCCCACUGCUCUACCCAGCCCAUUUCCUGAUCCCCCUGUCAUUGCUUGUGAUGCCUCCAGGGAGGCUGAGAACUCCCAGGUCCUGGCCCUGGUCUCUCCUUCACUGGAGAAUGGCCAGAGUUGCUCAGGGGAACCAUAGGGGACAGCAGAAGUGUUCAAGGCCACCUGGAUGUGUGGCCAGAGUCUGACCCAGAAGCCACCUUCUACCCCAUGACCCAUGUGAGCUGGCAGACCAAGCAGGUGACGUCCACGAAUGGGUGACCUCCACAAGCGAGUGAUGUCCACGAGCUGGUGACCUCCACAACAGCCUUGGCAGCAUCUUGGAUGCUUUGCGGAGUUUCUGGUCUUCUUGGAUAUUGAGGUGGUGCCUGGGGUUCCAAAUUGAGGGCAGGGGCUGCUCGACUCCUCCUUGGGGUGAGGUCGGGAGUGUUGUGGUGCUACCGAUGGGUCCUGGGUUGGGGCUGUGGAGAGGUGCGGAUGGGUCCUGUACUUGCUGAGCCUCCUGACAAGGCUCUGAGGCCACAAGAAACAUGUCUGUCUCCUUACUCCCCCACCAUCCCAGCCUGCUGUCUCCAUCCCUCCUGCCCCAGGACAGGAAUAUUGUCACGGAUCAGUAUUUAGCCUGCACGUUGUGGUGUUGAUGACUGUAAUACCUGUUAGGAGAUAGUGAAGCUGUUAUCUAUUUUUUUAAUGGAAAAAUAAACUGUCCCCCAUGUGUGGUGUUU